AUUAAAAUCACAAACAGUUCAGUCAGGCCUCGCUGCUCCAGGUAGUCCUCCGGUCUGCUGAAGACAAGGACUGAAUUCACAGCCUGGUCUGCUGCAGAAAGCCAACAGUGCAGCUGCUGUUUUUAGGAACAUCAAUCUCCCUGAUUACUGCCAGUCUGCUGCUGCAUGGUCUACAGCUGGAACAUAGGAGGGGCCUGUAAUAUUUAGCAAAGCAGGGUGAAUUCACUCCUCAGCAGAGUCAGAAAGAGAAACAGAGGUGAAUGAGGGUAGCUGCUGUUUCCCAGUAAGUCAGAAAGUGUUGGGAGACUUAUCAGUUUCCCUUCAGCGGCGUGUUGGAGCAAAAUCAGGAGCUGAAGAAAACCUGCUGAGUUCAUGUAGCAGAGGGUGAAGAAGGAGAGCCGGCAACAGGGCGAAUCAGGAGGGAAGAGUGGAGGAAAAAAAUAAAACAGAAAAGAAAAAGCAGGAGUCCACAGCUGAAGAGGAGAAAGCAGGAGUGAGAUGAAAGUCUAGAUGGUUAAAUUGCAGUGCCAGCGGAGCAGAGUGGCGGCAGGAGCGACUGUGGGCGGGGAGAGAGGAAGUGUGGUCGACAGGAGAGGAAUUUAAGCCCCAUUGUUCUGGAAGAGCAGAGGCAGAGAGAACAGAGGAGUCGAAGCACCAACACACGCCGGACAACAUGGACAUGAGCUCAGCCAUGGAGAAGAUGUCUGUGAAGCAGAGUAAAGGAGGUCCAGCCUUGUGUCACGUAUGUGAGGAGAGCUGCUCUGGAUUCCAGCCACAUUCUUGGAGAAAAGUCUGUAUCGCCUGCGGCUGCAGCGCGGUCGACCACGCUCCUGGAAGCGACGUCGAAGAUGACCAGCAAAUGGGACGCCUGCUCGCAGACUCACCCUACGCCCAUUUGACAGCGAAGGUCAAAGGAGGCGGCGGCCUUCGCAUGUACAAGAGGAAUCGUAUGAUUGUGACCAAUCCGGUGGUGUCGCGUAAAGACCCGACCUUCAACACCACCACAUACGACUGGGCGCCGGCCGGCCUCAACCAGACGCUGGCCAUGCAGUACAUGGAGCUCAUCCCGGAAAGUCAACGUCCCGUCUCGGGGACCGAUGGAGGGUUGGAGCGACGCAGGCAGCUCUUCAGGCAGCUCCCUGCCUACGAUCAGGACCCAAUGAAGUGUCAGAGCCUGGCCAGCGAGGAGGAGAUUUCCUCCAUGCUGCUGUUUGUGAAGAGCUACAAACAGGAGGUGCUGGGAGUCGGGGAGGUGGCCUUACCUGGUGAGGACGGAGCUCUGAAGGAAGCAGCCUCUCAGCGGACAGCGAAGGAAGCCAAGGACCGCAGCAACAGCGACAAGAAGGAGCACCAGGACCACGGCUCGACCAACAGCGGCACUGCCUCCGGUACUGGCUCCACUAAUGGAACUGAUGACAGCACUAAAACUGGAUAUCGGUGCACUGGUUGCCAUGGUGAGGUUGCCAAGGAGAGUCCAGCUGUUUACGCCGAGCGUGCAGGUUAUCGUAGCGCCCUGUGGCAUCCCACCUGCUUCGUAUGUUCAGAGUGUGGUCAUGGAUUGGUGGACCUGGUCUACUUCUGGUCCAAUCAGAAGCUGUUCUGUGGACGACACUACUGUCAGACGGUCUGGCCGCGAUGCUCAGGCUGCGAUGAGUUGAUCUUCUGUCGGUCUUUUCACACGGCAAAAGAUGGACGGAUGUGGCAUCAUCUUCAUUACUGCUGCUGGAAGUGCGGACAAAACCUGGACACACCCUGUCAGCACUGACACACUCACCCAGUGUAGUGUUCAACACAAUAUGGUGGUCAGUUUUAAGAAGUUUUAACACUGCUCAAAAACAGAAUUACAAGGUCAGACAAGACAAAAAAAACCCAGUAAAUCUAAUAUCAACCAUGGUUGGUUGGCUUGUUUUAUAUAAAUGACAGAAAUAAGUAACAGAUAUGGAGUAUAAUACAGAACAAGUAGAGCUUAAAGUCUUUAAAUGUUCUGUUUAUUUGACAUUAAGUAUUUAAAAUACUGCAUCCUACAAGUCCAAUUGAUAUAUUGAUGUUUAAAAUACUUAAGCCAUCUAGUUGACGUUGAAGUACUCAAAGACUUGUUCAGUUGAGACUGCGGGCGUUUCAAGUACUUAAGCAAAUGUUUAGUUGACACAAAAGUGUUUAAAGUACUUAAAGAAACAUUUGGUGGAUUUACUAGCACUUAAUGUACUGACAGUGACUGAAACCAGAUGUUCUGCUUUCAGAUACAAACAGCAGCUUACAGGACGGAGCACCAGACUUGACAGUUUUGAAAACAAAUGAAUAAAUGAGAUGGUCAAAUAAAAUGAGAAAAAAAAUGUAUUUAUGUUAGAUAUUACAUCACACAGUCUUCAUCAGCAGAUUAUCAUGGAACUGUAGAUGUUCAAAGUUUGCCUGAGCACUGUUAGGGUUUUUCUGUCCCCUGUUGGCUCAAAAAUUUAGCUUUUGACUUUGGAUAGAGGAGUUCAUGAAUUAAUUUCAAGCUCAAUAAUUAGAUUUUAUUUAUUUCUCAGGAUUUAUUUUGUCCAAAUUUUGGGAAAAUCCCAUGUUUGGACACUUCAAUAAAAUACUAUAUUAUGUAUUUGGAGCUCUCGUCAUGCUUUUGAAAAUAGCAAACAUAAGUAUAAAAAUUCACAUAACAUUAAACUGUGGGGCUCAUGAAAAUAUUGAUACUUAAUAACAGUUUCAAGGACCAGAAAGGGUCAAGAAAACCUGGUUUAAAAAAAUCUCUUUAUUGUAAGUGUAGCCUUUAAUGUGUGCCGGUGCAGUGAAAAUAUUUCAACCCAUUUUCAAUAAAAAUCAACUUAUGUUUGAGGACUUAACUAAAUAUGAUUGAAAUUGUAAUUAAUUCCGAACAUGUCAGGUUUGAAUCUGUGCAGAUUUGUGUUUCACUUUUAUUUCAGACAGAAAUAAUCUAAUAGUUUGACUUAAACCUCAGAGAACUGGACAAGCAGAAGGCUGGAAAGGCACAUCAUUAAUUAGUAAUUAAUAGUAGGCUAUCUGCUGGAUCCUUUGAAUUGUUUUUACUACAUUAGAUUUCGACCCUCUGUGUUUUAAUACCCAUCAUUGAAGUUUGUUUUUGUGUUUGUUGUACUAAUUUACGAAUAGAAAGUGUGGAUUCUACAUACCACUAAUAUGUCAUUUUAUUUUCUUUCUGUUUGACGUGUUAUUUCAGUCAAACUGCAGAUCCAUUUUGCAUUUAACCUCUUUCAUGAACAUGGAUUUCUGCUGCUGCUAAAUGCUAUAUUGUGUGUAAAGUUUUGUAUUUUGCUAACACUUAAAGGUUUUCUUCGAUA